GUUAACGCAAGACCUCCUCUACACCAUCAGUCUCGCGAUCAUACAAAGGUCCAUAUGUGCCCCGAUGGGGAAGACGUACUGUUCUCGGUGCGAACGAGAGUUCCCGUCACAGCAGGCUCUACAACAGCACUACAAUGAUUCCGCUAGCCAUUAUCGGUGCGAAAUUUGUGGAUUCGAUGGUUCUACUUGGGACAAGUGGAUAGGACAUCACCGGAAGACAAAGCACCGAGUUGUGUGUCAGGGUUGCGAUGAUGGGAAAGGGUGGGCCUGGGUUGCUGGGUCGCAGGAGUACCUCGCCCAUUUGAAGGAGCAGAAUGUUUGCCAGGCUUGCGAGAUGCAUUUUCAAAACGCUAGCAAUCUUGAUCACCAUAAAAUGGUCCAUUUGGAACGGUCGAUUGAAUGCUACGCUUGCUACCAGAAAUUCCCCACCUAUCCUGCGAUGAUAUUACACUUAGAGUCCGGCACAUGCCCAUCCAAAAUUAAUAUACUCCACUUGAACGAGUCCGCGGCCAUGUGUUUCCAGUGGAAGGCAUAUCUUGAUCCAGGCUAUCGGGAUGAACUACUCAACCGUGACGAUCUGAAAACUGAGUAUAGCGAGCCGGUCUAUCCAUUUAAAUGUCCUGAAUGCGUCGUGAGUUUUACGAAGCUAUCAGGUCUAUUCCAACACGUGUAUAGCAAAGCGUGCAAUCAGGGUUUGUACGAAGGCAAGAUGGCCAAGUUAAUCAAGUGGCUGGAGAACCGGCAUAGUGCUGGCGAAAAUGAAUGAG